UCUGUGGCGUCAUCGUGGAAUGGGGGAGGGGGAUCAAACUUCCAAAGAGCAAAGGUGUGUUUACACUGACUCGAGAGAAUAGAGGUAUAUAAGAACAUAUCGGGACAUAUUUGCAUCGCAUGUUUUACGAUGACGCGAUUGCCAGCGUAAAUUGUCUGUACUUGUUGUAGUCGCAGAUAUAGGAUUUAGCUGUGUUUUGUAAAAAUAACGUUACAGUAUAUUAAAAAACGCCUUCCGAAUAACCGAAAAACAUGAAAGAAGGACUGCAGCUCAAGGUGCUUGCGCUCGUGCUCUGCGUAUUUCCAACAGAGCUGUUGUCUAUCCAGGUCACGGUUCCACAAACAGAGAGAAACACUAUGUUGUUUGCUUCUGUCACUCUGCGAUGUGACUAUUCCACUUCUGUAAAUCAACAAAAUGUUCUGGUCACAUGGCGAUACAAGUCCUUCUGUUUGGAUCCAGUGCUGGACUAUUACUCAGCUGCAUAUCAAGCAGCUCUGGGUCUGAAACAAGACCCAGCCAAUGACUGUCCAGACAGUCAGCGCACUGUCCGCAUAGUGAUUCAGAAGAGAGGCCCCAAUGAAGCAAUACUGGGGACAGAAUAUAGAAAUCGCAAGAUAUACAUACAAAACAGUGCUGACCUGGUUAUUAAUGAGGUCAUGUGGUGGGACAACGGCAUGUAUUUCUGCUCCAUAGACGCAGCUGGUGAUGUCGUGGGAGACUCUGACAAAGAAAUCAGACUCAUUGUAUAUCACUGGCUGACAGUGCUGCUCAUCAUCCUCGGUGGAUUACUCCUCAUCAUACUGAUGUGUAUCUGCUGCUGCCAGUGCUGUCCUCAGAACUGCUGCUGCUAUGUCCGUUGUCCCUGCUGUCCUCGCACUUGCUGCUGCCCAGAAGAAGCGGUGAUGCGCCACAAAAUGAUGCGUGAAGCUCAAAAAGCAAUGGUACCAUGGCUCCAUGGCCAGCCCAUCUAUGCCCCCAUUGGCUCAAAUGCAUAUUCUCAAGCAAACCCUUUACUAUAUUCAGGGUCUUUUUCUGAACCUUCAUCCAAACACAACUUUCCCAUGGCCCAAAUGGCCAUUCCUCCUUCUCAGCCUGUCCCGCAAAUGGUACCUCCCCAUGGAUAUCAUUCCAGUGGCAGCAUAAAUGGAAGUGUACAUGGUAAAAACCAGAUGUUAGAUUUUCUGGAGAACCAAGUUAGAGGAAUGGAUAUGGCUGCCCCAAUGCUUCAGCCUCAACAUCACUACAUGGCAGUCCCCCUCCAAAGACUUCCUCAUCAAUAUGCAGCCCAACAACCCCAGUAUGUAACUCCACCACCUCAACCCAUACCCCAAGCUGCUUUAUCAGCCAGGCCUCCCAGCAUGCUCUCAGCCCUGGACGAGAUGGGUGUCCAAGGUGUGGAGCGCAGGGUCAUCCAGCUGCCUCCCAUCAUGGGCCGAGCAAAACAGAGCUCUCGGCGGACCAAUGAUGGUGGAAGACACCGGCAGUCUAAUCAUUCCAGUGGUAGCUCUAACCGAAAUGGCCAUCAUCGUGAUGAUUCCUGGAGGGAGCCGUCAUCUUCACGAAGAGUGACUCAGCUACAGCGUAGCUACAGUGAUGAGUCGGACUGGGAUGACAGGCGUGGAGGCCGAGGUUCAGCAGGACGCAGGGGUGGUUCAGGUUCGGAUGGGUCUCGUCCACGUGUUCGCAGUAAAGGGGAGCUUCUGGAGGAGUUGGAGCAUGCAAUGAACCACAGAGACAGGAGAUAUUCACCUCCUCCGCGUCGAGGCUCCUGGAGUUCAGACGAGGAGGACAGUUAUAGAAAGGGGAAGCGAUCUCAAGGGAGAUUGUCUGAGAAACCACCAGCUUAUACUUCCAUUGACAUUUUACCUGGCAACAGCAGGAGGAGUGACCACAUCUCAGAGAAGAGCUCUCGCAGUGGCACAAGCGUUGUGAUCUGAGUCAUUCAUUUCCAGCCUGAUCUUUCAUUACUCACCACCUACAAGUGAAUGUCUACUGGACUACUGUCUGUCAUUGGGACUAAUUGUGUACUUCAGCACAGUAAUUAAGCGGUGACCACAGAUGGCCUGCAGUAGAUCCCUGGAAGACAGUAAACUGUACAUCUUUUUUUACACUUAAUUUUAUAUGUUUUAAACAGCUUUUAGAUGUUAUUUGAUCACUUGAAAACAUUUCUUUGAUUUUAUAUGUUUAACUUUUCACUGUUUUCACUGUACAUUGUUUAAUUAUUAACCACUGCCAGGUUUUUGGUAUUUGAUUAGUACAGUUUAUAGAUGAGCUCACACUGAUGGCACUUCAACUGAAGUUUGUACCUAAAAGAGCCUAUUUGGUUCAUCAAGAUUCUCUGUUUACUUUUAGUUAGUCUUUGUAACUACAGUGUAGUAUUUUUAAUGUUGGUUCAGUUGUUUUCUUUUUCAUUUCAUGGUGUUGCUAUCUAAAUCCUUGCAAUGAUUUAGUUUGAUAUUUGAGUAUGUAUUGAGUACACGUGUAUGUGUUAUUAAUUGCAUUGUAAAAGAAGAGCAGUACAUGCUUCAACUCAUAAUCAAAAGCUACAUGAACAACAGUUUCCAAGAAAAAAAGAUCUUUGAAUUUCUCAUGUGCUGAGAUGUAAACACUGGCGGUAAUAAAGUAACUUUUUACCAA